UCCAAAGCCUUUUUCUACCUGAAUGUUUACACACUUGCCUAGACAGACAAGAAGGCCAACUUACCUGUGCUUCACAGCUGUUGUGUUCCACUCCAGAGAUGUCUCUGUUACAGUGGUGAGUGAGGAAUUUCCCAUGUAUCUUUCUCUACCUCAUCAGUUAAAACAAGGAAGAUAACACAGUGUUCAAGUGAAGAAGAAAAUGUCAUUUCCUGGUCGGAGUUCCCUGCUUUCGUCCCUGAUUUGUGCAGCAUGUGUGAUCGCAAUUCUAGCUGAGGGACAACAAAUCGAACAACCAGAAGUGGCUACCAAAUAUGGGCGACUGAAAGGAAAAUGGGUUACUGUCAAGGGAACUGACAGACUUACAAAUGUGUUUCUUGGAAUUCCUUUUGCAAAACCGCCUGUGGGAGCCCUGAGAUUUUCCCCACCACAACCAGCUGAACCAUGGAUCAGUGUGAGAGACGCAACUUCUUUUCCACCAGUGUGCUUACAAGACCAGGCGAUGCUGGAAAAAUUUGAAGAAAUGUUUUCAACUAAACAACUUAACUUCUCAAUUUCUGAAGACUGUUUGUACCUGAAUAUUUAUACCCCUGCCCAUUCUAAUGAGAAAGCCAAGUUACCUGUUUUGGUGUGGAUCCAUGGAGGAGCUCUGUUGAUGGGUGGAGCUUCAAUGUAUGAUGGGUCUGCAUUAUCUGCCUAUGAGAAUUUGGUAGUGGUAACCAUACAAUAUCGAUUAGGUAUCACUGGAUUCUUUAGUACUGGUAAUGAACAUGCUCGUGGAAACUGGGGCUUUUUGGAUCAAGUGGCAGCUCUCCAGUGGAUUCAAGAGAAUAUCAAACAUUUUGGAGGAGAUCCAGGAUCUGUCACUAUAUUUGGAGAGUCUGCAGGAGGAGUCAGCGUUUCUGUCCUAGUUCUGUCUCCCUUGGCCAAAGGCUUGUUCCUUAAAGCCAUCUCUGAGAGUGGAGUUGCACUUCUUUCUGCCAUGUUCAGUUCACAUCCUGAAGUGAUUGCUAAGGUAGUCGCUAACAUAACUGGCUGCGACUCCUCCAGUUCGGCUGCCAUGGUUCAUUGCCUAAGGAAAAAACCAGAAGAAGAAAUGAUUUUGAACUUUCAACAACAACAGCAAGUCUCAAUUAUCCCAGCAGUUAUAGAUGGUGUGUUUAUUCAGAAGAACCCUGAAGAGCUAAUGGCUGGCAAAGACUUCAGUGCUGUCCCAUAUAUAAUAGGAAUAAAUAAUCAUGAAUAUGGCUGGAUACUUCCAUUCUCAUCCAACAUACCUGGCUUGAAGGAGGGCAUGCAUAAAGAAACCAUCCUCUCUACCUUACAAAUGCUGCACCCACUCUUGUCUGUGCCAGCUGAAUUUGUGUCUCUGAUAACAGAUGAGUAUCUGGGAGACACAGACAACCCUGUCGCCCUGCGGGACCGGUUUCUGGAUUUGAUGGGAGAUGCAAUCUUUUUACUUCCAGCUAUAAAAACAUCUAAUUAUCACAGAGUCUAUAUCACCUCUGUAUCACCUUUUCAUUCAAUUGUGUGUAGAAAUCUUAAUGGCGCAGGUUUGGUGGAAUGGCCAGCAUAUGACAUGAAUGAACAAUACCUGGAGUUGAGUUUACAGCAGAAGGAAGCAAAGAAACUGAAAGGGAACAGAGUGGAGUUCUGGACAAAGACUCUGCCUGAAAAAAUCAAGAAAAUGAAGGAAAAGAGAGAGCAUGCAGAAUUAUAAUUCAUAAUGUGGGGGCAGAAAGGGCAUGUAUGUGUGUCACAAAAUACAAUCAGAUACAAUUGGUUUAAAUGUGAGAAAUUAACAAAUUCCGGAGUCUUAUCCAGAGAUUUUUUUUAUACUGUUUCAUGUAUCUGGUGGAAGGGAUCAGUUUGCAGAAUGCUUUGACACCCAUAGGAUUCAUUGCUCACUCCAGCAGGGAGAUCUUCCAGGUAAGUUAAACAAGGCACUAAUAUAGAUUUUUGACAUCAAAGUCAUUCUUUGGAAAAAUAACUCACUGAAGUAGGAUCACCAAAGGUGCUCAAGAGUGAACUAUGGUGCAGAGUCCCCAGUAGAGGAGGACUUAACAUCAGUUCAGCUCCUCCCCUUGCAGAAGUGCCCCUGGGAAGGACAGUACAUUGGGUGCUUCUGAAAUGGGUGGACCCCUAUCUUGGGGGCAUUUUAUUUCAUUUUCUUUUAUGUUUUUGUUCACCUUUUCAGAUUACAAACAUCCGUUCAGAGCAAAGA